AUGAGCAUGUCGUAUUCAUCAUCUUCCGCCGUACACAGCAAAAAGAAAGAGGAUUCCAAAAGCAGCUGCUCUACUUCGGGUCGUUCCGGUCGUUCCAUGGCACGGGCGCAGCAGAUUGAGGCGGCUCUUUCCGACUUGGAAUCCUCGUUUGAACGUGAUAGUCACUCGGCUCGAUACACGUCGCAUGUUCUCGAUAUUCGCAGCAACAGCAACAGCAAUGGAGCUGACGAUAUCGACGACUUUUCCAUUACGAGCCGUCCGAGUUCCGCGGGGUGGUUGGAUGAUGAUGAUGAUGAUCCAGAUGCUGGUAUCGGUACUACUAGUACCACCGAACCUAUUACUGCAAAAAGUGACAGCAACGACGACAGCAUGAUGAUUAAUUUGUGGCAACGACAACAAGACCUUCGCGAAACGGUCGAUCAGAGUGUCAAUUUGAUGGACCCCAAGGCGGCCAAGUACGAGGGAGAUGCGCUUCGAAGUACCGGUUUGGAGGGGUUUCGCGAUUUGAAAAAGAAGAGCAGUCGUUACUCCAACAAGGGAGAUUCCUUCAGCUUUCCAUUCUUGCCGUCUGGAUUUGGAGAUCUGCAGUUGAUGGAGACGGAAAUCAAGAGACGAGUGCACGAUCCACAAAAACAGCAACAACAAGACAACAACAACCGGGCAGGCUGGAAAUGGAUCCUUCUCGUAACUUGCUUCUUUCUGGUCGUGGCUGUAUCGGUGACUAUCACGGUGAUUCUGAUAGAACAGCAACAUGGCAAAGCAACUCACGGUACUCAGGAAUAUGAUGGUGCUGUCAAGACUAUCCUUGAUACAUCAUCUGCCCAAGAGAAACAACGACCUGGUGUUGGCUUACCCUCUGAAUCUCGCUCUUGGGAUGAUGAUGCCAUGAACUCUGUUGGGGGUGAUGGAGGUGAAGCAACGUCCCCGGAUAUUAUUUCAGGCACUAGUAGGAGCCAUGAUUACGAAGUCAUCACCAAUAAGGACAACAUACCAAUGUUUCGUCCAACAACGGUGACUCUGCCAGCCAAGACCCGAGCUCGUGCCAUGCUGGCUCUGCUACUGGAAUUUCAAGUUUCUCCACCGGAUACCAUUCUUGGCAAAGACAAAGGAUCGGCAGCGUACCGUGCGUUGCAGUGGAUUGCAGAUGAAGAUCCAGCCAAGCUUCCCUUUCCCCAUUUCUACUAUCAGUCGGCCCAUACGGCAAAGCUCAGUCGCCACGAUCAAGAACAACCGGAAUGGAGAGACGACUCCUUUGCCAUUCAACAGCUCCUGCAACGCUACGCCAUGGCCGUGUUUUACUAUUCGCUCGAAAAGCCGCACACCACCGACGAGGCCACCGCCGACCAAGUCCUGGAGGACACGGUGGCGGCACUCAACCACGAAAAGCUUCAGCAGAGUUGGCUCACAAAGGAUCAUCUUUGCCAUUGGCGUGGCAUUGAUUGUGGAACCUACGACCAUGGAGGGAAAGCGGGAGUAGAAUCUAUUCACAUGUCGUCGGUAGUCAGCAUCAAUUUGACUCGCCAUCACCUCUACGGAACGCUGCCACCCGAGUGGUUCUCGGGUACAGCUUUGCCAGACCUUGCCAGUGUUGACUUAUCGGGCAAUCACCUGCAUGGGUCUCUUCCAGACGUUGUGUCAAUGACUCCCAGACAGGAAGACGUGGACAACAAUAGCAAUCAGCACAAGAUCACAACUGGCAAAGCCGAAUACACUUUGCGCUUCCCACAAAACACCAACAGCAGCUUGGUGUCCUCACUCAUCCAAGAUGCAGAUGGCUCAGAGCUCCUUAUCAUGGAUCUUUCUCGCAAUCGAUUUACGGGGACUCUUCCAAGGUGGUUGCAAAAGAUGACGAACUGUCUAAACCUCUUUCUAAAUCACAAUCAACUCGCUGGGCCUCUGGAAGCACUAUGGGGUCAGUUCCCUGGCCAUCAGGCAAUCAAACUAGAGCAACUUGCUGUUGGGAGCAAUCUCUUGACAGGGACAAUAUCCAACGAUCUAGGCUAUAUGAAGCACCUGCAGCUGCUGUCCCUGGAGAGUAACUUUUUCUCUGGGACACUCCCAGAAGUGUUUGAUGAACUGGACCAGUUGGUGGAACUACACGUCAAUGAUAACAUCAUCGAGGGGACGUUACCUGCUAACAUGGCGAGAAUGACACAAAUAGCAAGAGUGCAUCUUGAGCACAACCAGCUCAAAGGAGAAAUCCCUUUUACAUGGGACCAAAUGACAACACUCGAGCUUCUUUCAUUGCACAACAAUGCUAUCGAAGGCAGUUUGCCCACCUUCUGGGAUAGCAGAAUGACAAACCUCACGGACCUGUGGAUCCAGAGCAAUCAAUUUCGCGGCUCCAUUCCGUCAGAGUUGGGCUCUUGCACAAAUUUGGAACGAGUAUACCUGAACGACAACUUCCUUAGAGGAUAUACCCCUUCGGCCCUUGGAAACCUUGCAAAGCUAGAGAAAUUGCGUCUUUAUGGGAAUCGGUUGACAGGCACAAUGCCCCAAACAAUCUGCAAGCUCUUCGAUGACAAUCUUGAACUUCUAUCGGCGGAUUGUAACAGUGGCCAUAUUCUUUGUGGCUGCUGCAACACCUGCGUGUAG